CUUCUCCGACUGCAAACACCAGAACAGGUAGGCGGCUCUGGAAGCGUUCCUGACAUCACAGGCAACCAUGUUGUCCAUCCCAGACCUGAUCAGGAAGAAGAGGGACGGAGGACGGCUGACUGAUGAAGAGGUCCGAUUCUUCAUCAACUCUGUAACAACUAAAAAGAUGCAGGACAGCCAGAUAGGGGCCAUGCUGAUGGCUAUUUGGCAGCAAGGGAUGGUCGCUGAGGAGACCGCGUCCCUGACCAGAGAGAUGAUGGUAUCGGGAGAGGUGAUGACGUGGCCGGACGAGUGGAAGAGGCUGAUGGUGGACAAACACUCGACGGGCGGGGUGGGGGACAAAGUGAGCUUGGUGUUGGCCCCAGCGCUGGCUGCUUGUGGCUGUAAGGUGCCAAUGAUCAGUGGGCGGGGCCUGGCUCAUACAGGAGGAACUCUGGAUAAACUGGAGUCGAUUCCAGGAUUCAACGUGCAGCAGUCAGCAGAGCAGAUCCAGAAAAUACUGGCUUCAGUGGGCUGCUGCAUCGUGGGUCAGACGGAGAAGCUGGUUCCUGCAGAUCGAGUCCUGUACGCUCUGAGGGACGCUACCAGCACCGUGGACAGCCUGCCCCUCAUUACUGGUUCCAUCAUCUCAAAGAAAGGAGCAGAGUCUCUGUCCGCUCUGGUGCUGGAUGUGAAGUUCGGAGGAGCGGCGCUGUACAAAGAUCUGCAGAGCGCCAAACUGCUCGCCCAGAAUUUAGUGGAUGCCGGUAACAGUCUGGGCAUUCGAACAGGAGCUGUGCUCAGCCGAAUGGACGGUGUGAUCGGACGGUGUGUGGGAAACAGUCUGGAGGUGAUUGAAUCUCUGGAGACGCUGAAGGGCAACGGACCCGACGAUCUGAUGGAGCUGGUCACUACGCUCGGUGGCAUGCUGCUGGUGAUGACCGAGCUGGCGCCGAGCCUAUCAGAGGGCAAACGGAAGAUUAACGACGCUGUGAUUGGUGGAGACGCCUUGUCCAAAUUCGAGGCCAUGGUGGAGGCUCAGGGCUCGACCAAUGAGACGGCGCGGACACUGUGCUCCCCCGGCGCGGAUUAUUUCAGUAUCCUGAGAAAGUCUAAGCAUCAACUGGAACUGACGGCUCCUGCAGAUGGAGUUGUUCUUGGUGUGGAUGGUUUGGUUCUGGCUCAGGUUCUUCAUAAACUAGGGGCGGGGCGAUCGAAGGCAGAGGAGCUAAUCAAUCACAGCGUGGGGGCGGAGCUUCUGGUGUCCUGCGGUCAGCGUGUGCAAAAAGGCGCCAUCUGGUUGCGGCUUCAUUACGACGAUCAGGCUCCAAGUUCAGUUCAGCUCGACCUGCUGCAGAAAGCUCUGACUGUGGGAGAAGAACACGGAAACACUUUGAUAGCAGAGGUGCUACUGCCUCCAGGAGAUGGCAAAUCCAACUGAACCCCAGUGUGUUUUUUUUAAAAAAAAUCCAAAUAAAGGAAUACAUAUAAAAAAAACUGAUGGGUCAACUCUGUAAGAAAAACGAUGAAAGAUAAUAAAAUGAAAUUAUCGUAAA